AUGGAGACUUACGGGAAUGAAAAAAGUGCAUUCUACGCUUUUAAAGACAGGACAAUAGAGGGCAAGGAUGUUGACUUUUCUCUGUUCGAAGGAAAGAUGUGUCUUAUCGUGAACACAGCCUGCAACUGCAAACUGGCAAAGAACGGGUACUCUGUAAUCAAAGAAAUAAAAAAGAAGCAUUCUGACUUGGAGGUUCUUCUCUUUCCAAGCGCGCUCAACAAAAUUGUUGACCAAACGCUGAAAACCCCUGAUGCAAUAAUCAGCAGAAUGAAAGAAGAAGGGGUGUACGACAUAGCCACUGUUUUUGAAAAGAGAACGAUAGACAGUAAAGCUGGCUUGUUCCAGUGGCUUACCACGCAAAGCUACAAGGGAUCGUUCAUGGUUGACCUCAUGAAGAGCAUUAAGUGGAACUUUACAGCAUUCAUAGUUUCUAAAGAAGGGAAAUGUGUUGGGCGCAUUUCGCCAAUCGAUCUUAAGCUUGAAACUCUGGAAGAAGUAAUCUCCCAGAACAUGUAG